AUGCGUGCUGGGGCCAAGUUUCCCACGACCCUUGGCGCCUACGACACGGUUACGCCAAUCGAGGCUUCCUCCAACCCGCGCGUCUCCGACGCCCUCGGUUUUCCCACCCAGUGCUUCAGGGCCUGGUCUCCGCGCCUGGCUUCACCCGUCCUGCUUCGCCGUGUCAUUCUACCCAAAACGGCACCACCGCUUCCCAACGAGGCCUACUACCUGGCUAAACAAAUAUGCGAUCUCGAGCACCCCAGUGUCGUUCAUCUGCGGGAUGUCUUCCCCACAAAUGACUUCUCUGACAAUUGUAUGUGCCUCUGA